AUGGCUUCGUGUUCGAAGCGCUCGUCGUCGUCGCAUAUGCCUAUUGAGUUAGUGGAAGAGAUACUUUGCAGAGUUCCGCUCGGAUCUUUGGCACGAUUCAUAUCGAUAUGCAAAGAAUGGUAUACUCUCUUUAACGACAAGAGAUCCAUCUACAAACACUUGGAUCUCUCACAGAAACGUUUCAUACACGUCGAUGAACGUCGUAAGGUUCAACACUUGAAUCCUGAAACGCAAGCUAUCUCAUGUCUACAAGGUCCAUCUGGUAAUUUUACAAUGAUCCACUGCGACGGCUUAUUGCUAUGUCAAAGGUAUUCUGAUAAAAGAAACCUUGCAGUUUGGAAUCCGUUUUUAAGACGAGUCAAAUGGAUCGAACCCUCAAAUUCUUGCAAAAGAUUUGAUGUCUACGGUUUUGGACAUGACAAUGUAUCUCGUGAAAACUACAAGAUUUUGGGGUUUGAUACUGAAGGCAGGUCAUUAGAGAUCAUUGAGAUAUAUGAGUUUAAGUCUAAACUCUGGAGAAGUGUUGAUGCUUCUCUCAAUUCGUGUGCAAAGCUUUGGUAUACAUUGUCUAAUAGGGGUUUGUCUAUGAAUGGAAACAUGUACUGGAUUGCUCGUAGGAAAGAGGAUGACUCCAAAACAAUCGCAAGUUUUGAUUUCUCCAGGGAGACAUUCAAAGAGAUAAGCUGCGGUGUUCCCUUUGAUGAUGCGGUGACUGAUGCGGUUGUUUCUUGGAGCAAGUUUCUUGAUCUUACUAGCUCUCAUGACUUCCCGAUGUUAUGUUCAAGUCACUGCAUCUUUCCGGCAUACUUCAUCGACCACAAGACCAAUAAUAUCAUGGUGAGGUGCGGGAAAUUAGAUGUCAUGAAGACGUACUUUGACUUCACCGUUUACGAAAUGUGUGACCGUGAGCUCAAAGAACAUGUUUUGACAGGACGAAGUAGAUGGUCUUAUACUAAAGCGCCUAUGCGUUGCUAUGAAUAUGUUCCAAGUCUCGUUCCUGUUCCAGAGUAA